AUGGAGUUGACCAAGUUCAUCGCCUUCCUGGCAGCCGUCCUGCCCGUCGCCUACGGUGCCCCCACCCAGGCCGCGGAGAACCUGCACCCCGAGAUCGUGGCCGCCAUGAAGCGCGACCUGGGACUGGACAGCGAGCAGGCUCACGCUCGUGUUGCCCGCGACAUCGCGGCCGCUGAGACCAUCGAGACCCUCAAGGCCUCGACUGGCAGCGCCUUCGCCGGUGCCUGGACAUCCGAGGACGGCGAGACCCUCAACGUCGCCGUCACUGACGAGGCCCUGGCCGCCGACAUCACCGCUGCCGGUGCCACCCCCGUCAUCGUUGCCAACAGCGCCUCCAAGCUCGAGGAGGCCAAGGCAGCCCUCGACAGCAUCGACAUCGACCAGCCCACCACCCUCGUUGCCACUGAGAACGCCGACGCCGCUGGCAUCGCGUCCUACUACGUCGACGUGGCCGCCAACAAGCUCGUCCUCGAGGCUCUCUCCGGCAGCACUGCCCACGCCGAGGCCCUCGCCCAGCAGGUCGGCCUCGCCGCCGGCGAGUACGAGGUCCGCACCGUCGAGAACAUGCCCGAGACCAUGGCCACCAUCCGCGGCGGCGACCCCUACUACAUCGGCGGGGGCCGAUGCUCCGUCGGUUUCACCGUCACCACCGGUUUCGUCUCGGCCGGCCACUGCGGUAGCGUAGGCAACUCCGCCACCACGAGCUCCGGCACCGUCCUGGGAACCUUCUCGGGCUCCGUCUUCCCCGGCAGCGCCGACAUGAGCUACAUCCGCACUGUAAGCGGCCACACCCUCCAGGGCAUCGUCUACGCGUACGGUGGUACCAACAUCGCCGUCACAGGCAGCACCGCCUCCGCAACUGGCGCUUCCAUCUGCCGAUCCGGCUCCACCACCGGCGUCCACUGCGGCACCGUCCGUGCCCUGGGCGCGACCGUCAACUACGCCGAGGGCCGUGUCACCGGCCUCACCCAGACGAACGUCUGCGCCGAGCCCGGUGACUCUGGCGGUUCUUUCUACACCGGUGGCCAGGCCCAGGGUGUCACCUCGGGAGGCUCUGGCAACUGCGCCUCCGGCGGCACCACCUACUUCCAGCCCGUCAACGAGAUCCUGUCCACCUACGGCCUCACCCUGGUCCGCGGUUAA